GCGACCGGCCAAUUCCCACAACCAUCAAGGCAAGCAACGCAAACGCAUCCAAGAAGAGAAGAGAAGAGAAGCGAAGCGCGCGGCGACGCAAGCGGAGAAGCGCAUCUCGUUCGGCAUGGCCAUGGCGGCAGCGGAAGGCAAGAGCCGGAGGUUCGCGCUGGCGUGCGGCGUGCUCAGCCAGUACGUUAAGGCCGAGCAGAAGAUGGCGGCCGUAGUGGCGGGCCCUGCCCCGCGCGCGCCGGCGACGACGCUGAGCCUCAUGCCCGGCGCGGACGUCGGCGCCGCGCAGGAGCCGGCCGUCGCCGCGGGGGAGGAGGAGGCCGCCGGGCCCGCGACCGCGGCGCCGCUCACCAUCUUCUACGGCGGGAGGGUGGUCGUGUUCGAGGACUUCCCGGCGGAGAAGGCGGCCGAGGUGAUGCGCCUGGCAGCAGGCGCCGGCGCGGAGCGGCCGGCAGCCCCGACCCCGGCCCCGCGCGACGACCUGCCCAUCGCGAGGAAGGCGUCGCUGCAGCGGUUCCUCGCCAAACGCAAGGACCGGCUUGGCGAGCGCGCGCCCUACGCCCGGCCGUCCCCGGCGGAGGAGGAGGAGAAGAAGAAGCCAGCUUCUUGGCUCGGGCAGGGGAGCGCCGACGGCGACCGCCUCACCAUCGCGCUGUGAUCUGGGAGCUCGCUUGCCUCCCACGCUGGGAAUCAAUCAAUCAAUUAAUUCUUGGAGUUGGUCGGACUACAACGAGCCAGAUCAUUUGCUCAUGCUCAUAAAGAGACACACACUUGUAGAGUUUUCUCUUAAAAUUCGAUAGAAAGAUUGAACAAUUUGCGCCUCUUUUGUAUUCUUUCUCCUGUGCAAAUCAUAGCAGAUUCACAAA